UUUGUUAAAUGCGCAGAUGCCAGAAAUUUUCGCCUUCCCGGUGGCCGUGAUGUCGCCUGUAGCGCUGCUGCUGAAGUCGGUCAUGAAGGAGUCGCCGCCCGCAGAGGCCUCGCAGAAGGAGCAGGCGGAGGCCGCGACGAAGAACGCGAACGAAAAGAGCGCAGAGGAAUCCAGGAAAGCGGCGAACAAACGCUCCGAGGAAGCAACGGCAGAGAGGGCAAAAAAUGUGCUGGAAGAUUCCUUAAAAUCUUUAUCCGGAACACGAAGGGAGACUACUAAGGAAACAGAAAAGGAGGUAAUGAAGAUGUUGGAUGAAGCAAAGAUAGUGGAAACAUUGAGGGACUCAUCAACUUCAGCACACAUACGGCCUGAGAUUAUUCGUGCAUCAGGUGACUGUGUUUAUGACGUGCCACCUUCGGAAGGUACCAGAGCUGAGAGGAAACGGCAAAUUGUGGAUCAGUUUAGCGAGGAAGAGAUGAGAAAUAUUGAAAAUUUCAUGCGCAGCAAGCAGCGAGAGGAACUGAGCGGUGACGAAGACGAGGUGCUGAGCAUUGACGGGGAGAUGUCGGGCAAGACGACGCCGUCCUACUUGUGCCGCGGCUGGGACGAGGACCCCACGUUGUCGUCGGAGCCCGCGACGGCCUCUGCGGCGACCGUCUCCGGCGCGCGCGACGCGAGUGCCGUGCAGACGACGUCCGACCUUCUGGACGAGCCCAGCGACCGCAUGCGUCCUGGCGGCUCUCCGCCCAUGGCCGUCUCCUCCCAGAGCUUCCACAUCAACGACAGCUCGGUGGGUCAUGGCGCCUGCCCACUUUUCACGCUGUUCGCUGGGGAUUGCUUGCGAAGGAUGGUUUCUUUACAGAGCAGCGAUAUGAGUUGGGACACACCAAGUCCUGGCGACUCAUCACCUCCGGGGAUCCCGUGGUCUCCGCCGCAAUCCACAGCCUUUCUCGAGAGCUCUAUGAGGAAGUCACUCGAAGAACUCACGCUCUCGGAGGCAUCUGAUAGAAAAUCACCACCAACAAGAUUACCACUGUGCGGAGCUAUAACAUCACCGCCAAAUGUCUCCCCGUCAACCACAUCGUUUACUGAAUCAACAGAGUCUCCGUCGCCUCUCCAGAGGUCGUCCUCGUCACCGUCCCCUGUGACGUCACCUGUGGAAUCGAUUACCGCCUUCCAUUUGGCCCUCGAUUCUAAAGUAUCGUCCCUUUCAGAGGACGCUCAACCCCCGAAUGCCUCGGCAGAUCAACCAUCACCUCGUAGCUUGGCGUGCUCAGGACUGGUGUCACCAAUGCAAGAAUCACUGCCAAACUUAUCGAGUCCACAAUCGCCGCUAAAACACUCAACAGUUUCUCAACAAGCGUUGGUAUCUUCCGUAUCAUCAUCUCAGGAAUCAACGACUUUGAUGGAGUCACCCCAGAUGUCUUCGACAGCAACGUCUGUGUGGCAGUUUCCUCAACAAUCAGGUGAAAGAACGCCUUUUGGAAACGAGUCCAAACACACGAUACGAUCUUUAGUUGACGCUCAUUCUGGUGAACAAUCAUCGACCACUAUGUCAUCCACGCAGUCGCUGACGUCUACUCCAUCACCCACUCAGCUGUCGUCUGCAUUCGAACCCACUCAACAAGGGACCUUAUUAUCGUCUCCGCAAUCCCUUUCAAUGUUGGAGACGUCAAAAGUAUCAACGUUGACAGAAUCACAGUCACUACAGAAAUCAUCUUCAUCAUUGUGGCAAACAUCUGAAAUAUCAACGCUGACAUCAUCACUAGAGCUAAGCUCCAAACAACCAACGGAUCUGGAAUCCGAUCAUGAAACAGAAAUGUUGUUUACUGGUCCUCUUCCACAACCGCUUCCUUCAUCUACAUUAUCGUCUCCCACUCAGUUAUCACCCAUAGAGGAGGCUCAACCAGAAAUUUCACAGUCGCCAUCGCCAACAGCAUCGGCGUCGUCUUAUAGGGAGUCGCCUUGCUUGCAAUCUCAGUCUCUACAGUCAUCAUCAGUAUGGCAAUCAUCUACCCUAUCUGGAAUUACUUCGCCGUUUGAUCCCUCUUCAAAACAAUCGAUUGAAACUAUAUUGGCAACUUCUCCAGAGCGGCCAUCCAGUUCCACACAUGCGUCAUGCUCAUCACCUCUGGAAACAGAAUUAUUGCAACAGCAACUUUUGCAGUCUCCUCUCUGUCUGACUUCAGUGUCAUCUCUGACUUCAUCAUUAACUGAUUCAACGCUUAAAUUAUCACCGUCAUCAGCAGUGGAAUCGCUUCCUCAAUCCCGAGUCAUAUCUCCAGUGGAACCGAAACUACCAUCAUCACCAAUGUUGCAAUCACCAACAGUUUCAGGAGCUGACACACCAUUGGGAGAUUACUCAAUGAGUACGGGUUUAAGAUCUGCCUUUGAAACAAUUCAUAUAUCGGGGGUAACAUCACCUUCGGGAGAGGAUUCAGAUCAGUCGCCGCCAACGUCACGUCCUGUUUCGGGAUCGCUCCACUGCCUCUCGUAUUCUACGCUGUCAACCUCCGGUUCGCCUUCUCCCUCGCAAUCAUCAUCACUGCCGGAGUCUCCCACGUCUAAUUUGCCUCUGCAUCAUUCAACGGAAGUCGGAAGCACUGUGGAUGCAUUUUAUGAAGCGAUGUCGACCCCGUUAUUGCAGCAACAUGAGAUCUCGUUGGAUGCAGCGUCCAAACAACUGACACCUGCUGAGUCAAUAUCAUUGACUGGUUCUUCAGCAUCUUCCAGGCGGGCAGCGCGCUGCUCGGCCGCUGCCGGAGCGCCCACGCCGCCCACGUCGUCGCUGGAGGGCGGCAGCAGCAGCGGCUCCUUCCUCCUGUCGUCGCUCCCCGCCACGCUCAGGGCCCUGGACCCCGCCGCGCCCCUCGCGCCCCGGCCCCGCCGCGACCCCGCCGCCGACCACCGCCUCUCCAUCGUGGAGGAAGAGACAACAGUGCCCUCUGUGGACAGCGGAGGUGCGACGGGCACUAUUUCCAGCGGCAGCUCGGAGAGCAUCCCGUGCAACCUCGCCUCCUCCUCUGACUACGACCCCAUCGACAUGUCCUACUCUGGAGUC